AUGGCUCCCUCAAUCCUCAUCGCCGGCGCGACCGGCAACACCGGCCGAAACGUCGUCAAAACCCUAUCCCAACUGCUAGCGACGACCGACACCCUCCCCAACCACCGCAUCCUCGCCCUCACCCGCUCCCCCCAGAGCGCGAUCGCGCAGCAGCUCGCCCAACUACCGGGCGUGGAGGUCAUCGAGCAGAACUGGGUCGACCUGACCCCAUCCUGGCUCCAAGAACACGGCGUGGUCCGCGCGUUCCUCGCCGCGCACAACCAACCCAACCAAUUCGCCGAGGAAUCGACCUUCCACGUCGCCGCCCUGCGCGCCGGGGUCAAGUACGUGGUGCGCAUCUCGACGACGGCCGCGAACAUCCGCCCGGACUGCGACGCCUACUACGCCCGGGCCCACUGGGCCAUUGAGAGCCUCCUGAGCUCACCGGAGUUCCACGGCCUGCAGUGGACCUCCCUCCAGCCGAAUGUCUUUGCCGGGCUGUGGCUUGCCUCCGCCGCGGAGUUCAUCAAGCAGUCCCGUAAGAACGCAAAGCCGGGGACGCUGAGGCUGAUGGCCUCGGAGACGGCGCCGGUGGGCAUCGUCGAUCCCGAUGAGGUGGGCGCCCUGGCGGCGCACCUUUUAGUCCAGGCGGACCUUGAGGUGCACAAUCGGGCCCGGUAUGUGGUCAACGGGCCCGUGGAUGUCUCCGGGCGGGAGAUCGUGCGGAUGGUGGGUGACCGUAUCGGGGCGCCGGUGGAGAGGGUCUGCUAUGAGGACUUGUCGGACCUCGAGGCGUACCUUGAGCGAGAGUUUAUGGGGGCUCCGCAGUCUUCGCGGAAUGUGGUCUGGUCUGUCAAGCACGCGCUCAGGACGGCGUGGGAGGGGAAGUGUGCUGCUUCUACGACAAGCCGGGAGGUGCUGGAGAUCGCGGCGCCAAAGCGGACACCGGCCCAGGCACUGGACGAUUUGCUGCGGGAGUAG